AGUAGAGAAGCUCGGGCACAGCCAGCAUGUCUAAGAAGGAGGAGCUCAUGGAGGAGAUCAUGGAGUCUAAAGUGAUGUGGUACCCUGACUCCAAGAAAAUCACACAGAUGGACCGGUUCAGAGCCAGGGUGAACACCAGUCAUGGGCUUAGUCUGGCUAACUACAAUGAACUGUACAAGUGGUCAGUAGAAUGCUAUCCAGAAUUUUGGGGCGAACUUUGGGACUUCAGUGGCAUUGUCUACUCCCGUAUGUAUGAUGAGGUUAUUGACAGAUCUAAAGGGAUUGCUAACAUUCCAGAAUGGUUUCAUGGGAGUCGUCUGAAUUACGCAGAAAACCUUCUGAAAUACAAGAACAAUGAUAAGAUUGCUUUGUAUGCCAUAAAAGAAGGCAGGGAGAAUGUGGAAAAAGUGACUUUUGAAGAGCUGAGAAGAGACGUUGCUUUGUAUGCAGCUGCCAUGAGGAAGAUGGGAGUCGAAACUGGAGAUCGUGUUGUUGGCUACCUUCCAAACUGCAUACAGACACUAGAAGCUAUGCUGGCUGCUGCAAGUAUUGGGGCAAUUUGGAGUGCCACAUCCCCAGAUUUUGGAGUAAAUGGAGUAUUGGACAGAUUUUCUCAGAUUCAGCCCAAGUUAAUCUUCUCGGUGGAGGCCGUAGUUUAUAAUGGGAAGGAGCAUUCUCAUCUGGAGAAACUGCAAAGUGUGGUAAAAGGGUUACCAGAUUUAAAGAAAGUUGUUGUGAUUCCUUAUGUUCUACCAAAAGAUAAAAUUGACCUCUCCAAGGUUCCCAACAGUGUAUUUCUGGAUGAAUUUUUGGCAACUGGAAAAGUUGGUGACCAAUCUCCUCAGCUUGAAUUUGAGCAGCUGCCCUUUAACCACCCUCUUUUUAUCAUGUAUUCAUCUGGCACAACAGGCGCCCCCAAGUGCAUGGUGCAUUCAGCAGGGGGAACAUUAAUAAAACAUCUAUCGGAGCAUAUUUUGCAUGGCAAUACUACCAGCAGUGAUGUCAUCAUGUAUUAUACAACGGCUGGCUGGAUGAUGUGGAAUUGGCUGGUUACAGCAAUCGCCACUGGAGCCUCCUUGGUGCUGUAUGAUGGCUCCCCUCUUGUACCAAGUCCAAAUGUGCUAUGGGACCUUGUGGAUCGAUUGGGGAUAACCAUUCUGGGGACUGGUGCCAAGUGGUUGGCAGUUCUAGAGGAGAAAAAUCUUAAACCUCGGGAAACUCACAGUCUGCAAACCCUUCAUACAAUAUUGUCAACAGGAUCUCCUCUAAAGCCACAAAGCUACGAUUAUGUCUAUGAACAUAUAAAGAGUAAUGUCCUCCUCGGAUCCAUCUCUGGUGGCACAGAUAUUAUUGCUUGUUUCAUGGGACAAAAUGUCACCCUUCCAGUCUACAGAGGGGAAAUCCAAGCCCGGAAUGUUGCAAUGGGGAUAGAAGCAUGGAGCGAAGAAGGAAAGGCGGUGUGGGGAGAAAGUGGGGAGAUGGUUUGUAUCAUACCAUUACCGUCUCAGCCCACGCACUUCUGGAAUGAUGAAGAUGGCAGCAAAUACCAGAAAGCUUAUUUCUCCAAAUUCCCAGGUGUCUGGGCCCAUGGAGAUUACUGCAAAAUAAACCCUAACACAGGAGGGAUUGUAAUGCUGGGACGCAGUGAUGGAACGUUAAAUCCAAAUGGGGUUCGAUUUGGAAGCUCAGAAAUCUACAAUAUAGUUGAAUCUUUUGUGGAAGUCUCAGACAGCCUGUGUAUCCCUCAGUACAAUAAGGAUGGGGAGGAAAGGGUAAUUCUUUUCCUUAAAAUGAACAGUAACUACACCUUUAACAAUGAUCUGGUUAAAAGGAUGAAGGAUUCUAUCCGUUUAGCAUUGUCUGCCAGACAUGUGCCAGCCCUGAUCCUUGAAACAAAAGACAUUCCGUAUACUAUCAGUGGGAAGAAGGUUGAAGUUGCCGUUAAACAAAUCAUUGCAGGUAAAGAAGUAGCUCAUCGCGGGGCGUUCUCAAAUCCACAAUCCCUGGAUUUGUAUCGCAAUAUUCCAGAGCUACAGAAUUACUGAACACUGUACCCAAGAGACUGUCGGUGUGGUGUGCACAUAUUCAUGCUGGGCUUGAACAUCAACCUGGAAAUCUAGUAAAAUGUAAAAAUGAUCUAUCUAUCUAUCCAUAUAUGUAUCUAUCAUCUGAUUAUCUGUCACUUGAAGGGGUAUUUCCCCACUAACAUUUAUCACUUUUUCACAGCAUAGGUGAUAAGUGUGAUGGCUGUGGGUCAUGCUGCCAAGACCAAACCCCCAAGUCCACUGUGUGAAUAGAGCAGUAGUGUACCUAUGCCAUCGCUGCUCAGUUCACUGCUUGGGACUGAAAAAGUUAAUGAGAUAGAACUCUGCUUUCUCAUCAGUCCUGUAAAUGAAAAGUUUUUCUGGCUGGUGGGUUUGCCAUGUAUCUUCCAGCAGUUAAAAAUGGAUCACCUAUUUUGUGGAGCAUAGCAUUUUAAUAGCCAUUGUUUUAUUCCCUGCUGAAAAAAAAUAGGCCAUUUUUUUUUAUUCAAAGGGUAGGUAGCUAUUAUCUGAUUGUUAGUAGCCUUUUAGUGUCUGAACUACAACAUGUAUUAAUUUCAGCAUUUAUGGCAUUCAGAUUGGAUGAGUUUAAAGAGCUCCUGAAAAGGCAUAGCUGGAUAGCUGUUUAUGGCAAUGUUAAAGGGGUAUUCCAGGCAAAACCUUUUUUUUAUAUAUAUCAACUGGCUCCGGAAAGUUAAAUAGAUUUGUAAAUUACUUCUAUUAAAAAAUCUUAAUCCUUCCAAUAGUUAUUAGCUUCUGAAGUUUUCUGUCUAACUGCUCAAUGAUGAUGUCACGUCCCGGGAGCUGUGCAUGAUGGGAGAAUAUCCCCACAGGAACUGCAAAGCUCCUGGGACGUGAGUCAUCAGAGAGCAGUUAGACAGAAAACAACAACUCAACUU